UAUUUACAGUUUGUAUUUUAUGACAUUCAAAAUAAUGAUACUGAGUAGAGUUAGGAUUAUCAGCUCUUUUCUGAAGGUGUCACGUCGAAGAAGCACUAGCACCAAGUUCACAAUCAUGCCAGUCAACGUUGAGAUCAAAGCUUACAUCUCCGACAUUAAAGCUCUGCGAGAAACUUCGGAGAAACUGAGUGAUGCUGGUUGUACCGUCCUGAAACAGGAGGACACGUUCUUCGUUACGCCUGCUGGUCGGCUGAAGUUGCGCCAGUCUCAGGGUGCACAAGCACAGCUGAUUUACUACAAACGCUCUGAUCAAACAGGACCAAAGGUCUCCAACUAUCAUGUUAGUGUGACUGACGAUGCGGAAAAUCUGAAGAUUACGCUAGGGAAAGCCUAUGGUAUCAAAGGAAUCGUGAAGAAGACACGUUAUCUGUACAUGGUGGGUCAAACGAGGGUUCAUGUGGACAGUGUCAACGGCCUUGGAGACUUCAUGGAGCUCGAGGUUCAGAUGAAGCCCGGACAGGAAAUGGACGAAGGCCAGGAGAUCGCCAAUGACCUCAUGACCAAACUCGGGAUCAAGGAGAGUGAUCUCAUAGAGGGAGCAUACAUGGACCUCCUUCUUGAAAAGCAAACCACAAAUGUGAACUGAGUCAAAUCUGAAUUAUUUUCUGUUAUGCUGGCUACUGAAUUUCAAUGUUAUCAAAUAUUUCAAUUACCAUUGUAGCUAAACCUGUGCAAGUCAAAGACACUGUUUUUGAGGACAGGAUUAUUUCUUAGUGCUCUAGUUUUAAGAGGAAUGCUUUAGAGCUUUUAUACAGACUAAGUUGAUCAAAUAUUUGCAAGGCAAAAUGUGAUUAUUUACAGUUAACAAGUUGAAAUAUCAAAACAUAAAGAAAUAUGAUAUUGGUAUUUCAGUCAAUAUUUGGUUUGUAUUCAUUAUCAGGUGUUGUACCCGGUGCUGCGUUUGACCAAACAGCCAACAUGUCAAUGUUUGUAUUUUCAAGUUCAUGUUUCCAUACGAUUCAUUCCAUCCCAUAAUCUUUCAUAACUUUCCAUCAGUUUAGUAGAAUGAUGGCUGUUGUGUCAUUGUGAUGAGUUGUCUCCCUUAGUUUUGUUUUGAUCUGCUUGUAGGUUUGAAUCUCAAGCUUCACCUUGGCAAAGAUCUUGUUUUGUCAACACCAUACACACUAGUUUUCUUCCAAAGUGGUAAGGGUUAAUGAAUACAGAUCUUGUUUAGCUUCCCUUGCAAAUUAGCUGACAUGGCAGAUCCCGAUUUAAGCUUUUGCAUCUUGGAUUGGUGCAGUCUGAAACUGCAAAAUGCAACCACGUUUAUUCCAACUUGCACCCACUGCAUGGUAAUACUGUAUUGUUAAAAGAACACAGAU